AUGUCCCCCGCCGGCGAGUUCAACGAGUUCUUGGAAUACGAAGACAACCACUUUGGUGACUCGAGUCCUUUGCCAACAAACUUCGAUCUUUCCGCCCACGAUACCCUCGCCCUUUCCGAAUUCCCCCAGUCCCUCCACGAAGCAAAGUCGCUCGAGUCCCAGACCACCACCCUAUUGCCCACCGGCACCGUCGCCGCCGGCUCACCCGACUCCCUUGUCGACUCCUUCCGCGAUUCUUCCUCCGACUCUGCCUCCUCGAAAAGGACCGGCAGCUCCGCCUCUGGGAAAACGGCCUUGACGGCGGGCGACGUAAUGAUGACAGAUGGAGCCGAUAUCAAGUCCGACUGGAACCCUACCCUCUUUGGCGGCCGUCCAGAAGAAAAUGCCUUCCUCUUCGGCGGAAACGGCGACGCCACCCUGCCCGACGGCCUCGAUUUCAAUGACGACAAGUUCAUGGAAGAGUCGUUCGACUUUGAGAGUGCCUCGAGCAGUCCCAACGCCGCCGGCGCCAUGAGCAUGGAGUCGCCAGAGAUGCCCACCAUCCACGCGAAUGCACCCCAAAAGACCAUCGCCCCGAGCAAUACCAGACACGCAAGUCACGGCAAGCGAAACUCGCAAUACUCUAUAUCACAGCCUAUGAAUGGUCUCAAGAUGACCAAUUCGAGGGAAUGCUCUCCAAUGUCCCAGAACAUGAUUACCAGCCACGAGGCAUCUCCGUCGGCCUUUUUCAACAGCUCGCCGUCGCCAGGCGCGCCCGACUUCUCAAACGCCGCAGCCAUGGGUGCUAUGAACCCGAACGGCUUCUGGCCAGGCAAGCUGGAUCCUGCAGCGCACCAGAUGGUUGCCAAUAUGUCCAUGCAGCCCCAAUACCACGCACACGACGGUCUUCCGGUCUCGAUGCCCCAACAGAUGCCCAUGUUUACCCAGCCGAAUUUCGAUUUCCUCAGUCGUGGCUGCCGGUUGACGAUUCAUCCCACACCGUCCAAGUCGCGAGUCGAAACGCAGAUUCCCAUCAAGAUGACUCUCUUCCCGCUGCCUCCUGGUAUCAAGCGCCUGCACCUCCCGGUACACACCAUCUCCAAGCCCAAGCUGCUAGCGAAGCCACCAGCCGAACGGACUCCCGACAUGUUGGAACUGUACACCAUGCUAGUCUGCACUAGUGCAAUGCAAAACGAGGAAAACAAGCGCAAGGCCUUCCAGCGCGCCGCAGCCGCCACUCAUAGUCCUGUCAUGAACUCCCGGUCCGUUAGCGAUGAGGACGAUGAAGAGAACAAGCCGCAGAACGGGGGCGAGGUGCGCAUCUGUGCCGGCUGCAUCACUCGCGAGCGUAAGCGGGCUGCGAGGAAGAAGAUCAAGAAGGUCGAGGAGGAGGAGAUGUGGAACCGGGACGAGACGAGACGCGUCAUUGUUUUCAACACACAAGAGGUCAAAGAAUGGCAGACCCCCAACGGUGUCGUGUCCGACUCGACGGUAACUGGUCGGCCGGAGCCGGUAGCUCCCCCCGGUGCUAUGCAAGUCGAUGCCCCCAUGCGAAUCGCCUGCUACUGCCGGCAUCACGCCGAGAAGUUGGGUUUUCAAGUCAUCUUCACCAUCAAGGACUGGCAAGACCGGGUUGUUGCGCAGGAGAUGUCCCAGUCCAUCAUGAUCACCGACGACCACAAGACGCAUCCGAUUCCCCAGCAGCUCAACCCCCCCGCGACGCAAGCUUCCGACAGCACCAACCUCGUACCCAUGCUGAACGCUCCAAUGGAAACCAGCCCGCUCAGCUCGGGCGGUGCACCAUUCCGGCUUUCUCAUUCAAGCUCCGAUCUCCAGAACAUGCACCGCAACUCCGCCCCUCAGUUCACCGCCCCGAACCCGACCGCCAAACCGCCGGCUGCCGCCCCCUCGACCACGACGCCUCGGUCACUAUCCCGGCCACAAUCCCCCAACGCACACGGCGGGCCGCAGACGAAGAAGCGCAAGGCCAGCACUGGAUCACGGGUACCGAUCGGAAUGGCAAUGACCCGCCUGGACACCACGCCGCCGCCUACUCAGAUGCCCGGAAAUCCGGUGCCAGCCCCUGCCUCCGCUUCAACGUCGCCAUUCACACCCAAUCCCACCAAUUUCCAGACUCCUCCCGAGACUGUGUUUGUCCAGAAUAGUGCCGCGCCACCCAUGCCUCAAGCAUAUGCUACCGGCCCCCCUACCCCCAACAGCAACGACCAGACAAUGUUCACCAACGCCAACCGCUCCGCUAGCAUGGAAAACGUCGCGAUGCCAAUGUUCUCGGCGCCAGCCUCGGCACACCAGAGUCGCGCCACGAGCCCCAACGGAUUGCGGAACGGCGUGAACGCGGCGGUAUCGCAAAACCAGUUCAAUACGAUGUCCUAUAUGCCGACAAACGCUGUUGCCCCGGCUCGGCCGCAGCCGACGAUUCACAAGAUCAUCCCCAACGAAGGUCCGAAAUCCGGUGGUAUCGAGGUUACGAUCCUCGGCGCUAGCUUCUACCAGGGGCUGGAGGUGCUGUUCGGCGAUCAAAAGGCUACCACGACCACGUUCUGGGGCGAGUCUUCUCUAGUCUGCCUGCUACCGCCAUCACCAGUCUCUGGUGCUGUCCUAGUCACCUUCAAACAAAGUCAGACGCAAGCUGGACCACCGUUCCCCGCGCUCUCGAAACAGAACCAGAUGUUCAAGUAUGUGGAUGAUGACGAAGAGAAGCUGAUCCGCACGGCACUCUCGAUUCUGGGCCACAAAAUGUCUGGUCAGAUGGUUGAUGUCAAGGAACUUGCCCAACGCAUCAUUGGUCAGGGAGACUCCAGCUGGGGAUCUGGCCCAACAGGCAAUCCUGGCUUUGGCGGCAGCACGUUCACCAUGAGCACGGAGUCGCAACUGCUCAAGUGCUUGGAGCUGAUCGAUCUCGACGACAACCCCAGAAUGUCCCGGCUUGAUUUGAGACGGUCUACGGGCCAGACCAUGUUGCACAUGGGCUGCGCCUUGGGAUAUCAUCGAUUUGUUGCUGGUCUUCUGGCCCGUGGUGCCAACCCGGAUUUGCGCGACAAGGGUGGCUUUACCCCCAUGCACUUGGCGGCAAUGAACGACCACGAGUCCAUCGUGCGAAGGUUGAUGCAGGCGGGUGCCGAUCCCACGAUUCGAAGCCUUUCGGGACUUCGCCCAGCCGACGUUGCUCGGUCACGCAAGGUCAUCGGGCAUAUCCGCCGCUGCGAGCGUCAUAUCCGUUCUCGGAGCGGCGGCUCUCUGCACAGCAGGGCUAGCAGUGCGGCGUCGCUGAGGUCACUCUGGGAUCCCUUGGGCAUGUCCAGUGAAGAGUCGGCAGACGACGGCGAGGAGAGCCCCGAGUACUCGUCUGGAGACUACGAGGACGAUGAACAAGAAGAGGAAGACUCUUGGCUCGAUAUGCGUCGCCGGUCGAGCAACCAUACGUUCACGCCGUGCCAGGACAGACAGCUGCUUUCACGAAUCCAGGAUGAAGUGCAACCGGGGCUUGCCUCGCCCACCACUGCCAUCGCUUCUGCCGUCAGGGACCAAUUAUCUACUCAGAUUCAGCAGAUUCAGCAAGCGAUGGCAUUGCACUUUUCCAACCUUCCUCAGAUGCCCGCUUUGCCCAGAAUGCCGAUGCUUCCCGACUACCACGCCUACCUCCAGCAAAACCCCCUCAUGGGCAGAGUGACCUCGCUCAUGCCAGGUAUGUCCGGCUCGCGACCGGGCUCAGCAGGCGAUGAGACUCCCAGACAGAUGGACGGCAAGUGGUGGGAUCUGUCGUCGUCUUUUAGGAAUGUCAAUAAUAAUUCGGCUCCGCCGCCGGCUUACGACGAGAUCUUCCCCCAGGACGAACUUGACAAGAAGCAAGCCUCUGCCGUUGGGGCUGCUGCCGAAGCUGCCGCGGACAUGAAAUGUGCCGCGCUCUACGACACCCAGACCACCGAGACUGCGGAGGCAUCCUCAAGCACGGCCCCGGUUCCGAGUGUACUUCGAAUUGGACGCAAGAGCGCCAUCACUAAGGAGCAACAACAAGACUUCUUACGAGCCCACGAGGCCAAGUUCAAGGGGAUGCGCAGCGACAAGAACCUGUGGUUCAUUUGGAUCCCCCUUCUCACAUGUAUACUGGCUGCUAUGUUGUACAGCCGUUUUCCUCAUUACUUUGCCAUGGCGUGGUCCGUGCUUCGGUCUGUUGCCAGAGUGGACCAGGUCCCGGGCAUUGUAAGGGACGUCCAGGACCGUGUGGUUGAGGUCCUUUAG